AUGGUUGCUUCUCAAUUGAGAGGUCAAAGGUUCGAGUCCCAGUGCUGGUAUGCACACACCUAUGACUUUAAUCUUCGAAUUGCGUACAUAUGGAAUAUACCUUGGCUGGGCAUCGGGAUUUGGUGCAAUGGGUGUCCGCCAAAAGGCUGCGAUGACGACGAAGCAGUCAUACACGGUUAUUGUUGUGGAUGCGCUCAUGCCUUAGAUAAACUGCCUGUGAUGUGUCCUGAAUUUCUGCAGUGUCCCCUUAAUUUGCACGGGCUUUGUCAUGACUACGAAUACAUGAUGAGGUGCUGCUGUUGAUUUGGUUUUUUAUCUUUAAUUCAGUGUUCGAAACUUAUUUCAAAUAUCAUGCAAGAUUUGAAAUGAAAAUAAUUUCAUUCUAGGCUAUAAUUUAUUAUGACAUUGUGUACAUUCUACAAAAUAAAACAUCUUUAUUUAUAGCAUACUGUUUUAAUUUCUAAGAAACCCUCAAUACAGAAAUACAGUGGGUUAGCGGAUUGAUUUAAGUAAACUUAACUCUUGACAUAAUAGUACAAAAAUAACCACAGACGUGAGUAAGAUGUAGAUCGACCGAUAGUAAAAUAAUUUAUACACGGCG